AUGUCAAUGUCGUUUGUGUUUUGCACAUUUUUACUAGUUGUAACAGUAACUGAGAAUCUAGUAUUACUAACUUCUGCAUCAAUAAUCUAUGAAAGUCAAGCUCGUUUCACUAUCUUAUCAGCACAGCUCAUUCGCCUUGAAUGGGCAUCAACAAAAGAAUUUGUUGAUGAAAAAACAUGGCUUGUUCAAUCACGUCAAAUUCAAUCAAUACCACCAUCAUUUAUUGUCACAAGAAAUGAUACUCAUCUAUGUAUUGAUACUAAUUUUGUUACUUUAGAAUAUCUUCGAAAUACUACAACAACAUUUAGUCAACAUAAUAUACGUAUCACAAUUCGAGUCAAUGUCGUCAAAGAAGAAACAGUAGUCUGGAAUGCUAUACCAGGAGAAGAAUAUGAUGGCAAUCUUUUUGGUACAUUACGAACAUUAGAUGGAAGUCGAGAUUCCAAACUAGAAUUGGAUUGUCGAAAUCAACCACGUGAUGAUUUACAUUGUACUUAUGGUGUUAUUUCUCGUCGUGGUUAUGUUCUUAUUGAUGAUACACAUCGACCUCAAUUUGAUAAUGAUUUUAGAUGGCCAUGGAUUAUUAAUAAACAAUAUUCACCACCUGAUCCUAGUCAUUGUCAAAUAGUAUCAAUAGAAGAACGUCGAAAUUGUGGUUUAACAAAUAAUAAUAUAAAUCAAUAUGAAUGUGAACUUCGUGGAUGUUGUUUUAUAUUUCCAUCCUCAUGUUUUUAUUCAUUACAAUCUCAACAAGAUUUAUAUUUAUUUGGUCAUGGUCAUGCUUAUUCUCAAGCUUUAUUUGAAUUUACUCGUCUUACUGGUUCAAUUCCACUUCCACCACGUUAUAUAUUUGGUAUUUUCUUUAGUCGAUAUUGGGCUUAUGCUGAAUAUGAAGAAAGACAAAUUAUAACUGAAUAUAUUCAACAUGAUAUUCCAUUAGAUGUUCUUGUUAUUGAUAUGGAUUGGCAUAAAACAUUUUAUAAAUUACUUUCAAAUGGUACACAAGAUCAAGCCGAUCAAGAAAUUGGAUGGACUGGAUAUACAUUUGAUAAACAUUUAUUUCCAAAUCCAGUGAAGUUUUUCCAAUGGUGUAAACAAUUAGGUCUUAAAAAUGCUCUCAAUCUUCAUCCAGCUGCAGGUAUUCAACCAUGGGAAGAAAAAUAUACAGCAAUGGCUUAUGCUAUGGGUAUUGAUCCUUCAACUGCUCACUAUGUUCCAUUUAAUGUUACUGAUAAACACUAUAGUUCAUCAUUAUCUGAUAUUGUUCUUAAUCCACUUCAACAAGCUGGUGUUGAUUUAUGGUGGUUAGAUUGGCAACAAGGUGAAAAAGGUUGGAUGAAUAAUAUAUCAUACACUAACCCUACUUUUUGGUUUAAUCAUAUUUUCUUUACUGAUCCUUAUUAUCAAGAUAGACGACCAAUAAUUCUUCAUCGAUGGGGUGGACUUGGUAAUCAUCGUUAUCAAGUUGGCUUUUCAGGUGAUGUUAUACCAUCAUGGGAUACACUUUCAUUUCAACCACGUUUUACAGCAACAGCUGCAAAUGUUGGUUAUGGAUAUUGGAGUCAUGAUCUUGGUUGA